UGUAGCACUGCUUAACUUCACCCUUCUCACUUCACAUUCAUUCAUACCAACAACAACAGCAACACUUCCCCAACCGGAAUCUUCACACUUCCCACCAAAUCUCAUCAAAACUUCUUUUCGAUCGCACUUAAGAAGGUAUUAUAAACUACCCACCAUGCUACUUCCUUCUCCACUAUACUAUAUCUCAAACUUCUCCUUUUUCAGUAUUAUUUUGGUUUCUUUGGUGGAUCCUAAGGCUUUGUUUGGAGUUAGAGUGGUGGGGUUAGGAGGUUGGAAUGAGCAGCUUAAGGCCUGAACUGCAUGUUGCCCAACAACUUCGGCGGGACAAAUUGAGGAUUCAAAACAGUUCCCAACAUUUGCAAGAGUUCCCAAGCAACCUAGAACAGUUAUCGUUACACCCAGGUUUCAACUUGGAUCUUCUUCAAGUGAGAAAUGUUCGAAAUGGAAACAUGCUUGACGAGGCCCUUUAUUCAUCGGAUAUGAUAUCUUUUUCCACUGCUUCGAAUCCUUUGUCCACUCCAAGAAACCCGUUGGAGUGUCAAGAACUGAUGAUGGCUCAGUAUGGUUCCACUUCGUUUCCUCAUUCAUCGUCCCCGAAGGACCAACAAUGUGAACCACGCCACUUGGGAGCUAAUUGGAUGGUGAAUUAUAACGAAAGCAACCCCAACACCAACAAUACCACCUUCUUCUCUUCUGAGCUUAAUAACAAUGCUUCUGGUGAAAUAGCCAAUAGAGAAAUUCAGAAGCAGUUCGGUGAAAUGCAUUACCCUCCUUCUUCGUCUUCGUCGCCUCCUCUUUACCAUAAUGCUUUGCAGGACAUGUCUUACGGCGUUUGGGGAGGAAACCAUGCUGAGCCUGUGCUUCAUUAUCAAGCAAACAACGAGUUACGUUUUGGGGGUGCUAAUUUAUGGACAAAUAGUAGCAGCGCGAUGGGUUUCAAGAAGAAUAAUGAACAAGACAUAAAUCCUCAUCAGGGUUUAUCACUGUCACUUUCCUCGAACUCACAAUCUAAGCCUUGUUUUGAAGAAGGGUCUGCAUCGGAUGACCCUACUCAAUAUUCAAUGUCAUUGAAGUCCUCCAUGAAGUUGAACGUUCUUUCAAACAAUACUGUUUAUCGAAAUGUUGGCCCUCUCGGUCCCUUCACCGGGUACGCCACGAUUUUGAAGAGUUCAAGAUUCUUGAAGCCGUGUCAACAGCUGUUAGAUGAGUGGUGCUGUCAAUACGGUUCAAAGUCUGCGAAAGGAGGGGGUUGUGACGUUCCAGAGUGGGUCUCUCGAGAUGUCAGUGCUGCCUCUAUUUCUGCAGCUGCAACUGCUGGUGAUGCUCUUAAUGUUGAUGAAAGUGGGGGUGCUGCAAAAGGUGUUAGCUAUCUGGGUGCUUCAUCCUCUGUGUUGUAUAGUUCAAAUGAAAAUGAUAAUACAAAUAGCGCUGAUGGCGGAGCCACGAGUAACUUUUGUCUUUCUUCUCGGCCAGAGUGCCAAAAGAACAAGGCAAAACUACUGUACAUGCAAGAGGAGGUUACUAGGAGAUACAAGCAAUACCAUCAACAGAUGCAAAUGGUUGUUCAAUCGUUCGAGUCUGUUGCUGGUCUUAGUUCUGCAACUCCUUAUGUCUCCUUGGCUCUCAAGUCAGUAUCGAAACACUUCAGAUGCUUAAAAGGUGCUAUCUCUGAUCAACUGAAGCUUACAUGUGAAGUCUUGGGAGAGGAAUUUUCAAUGCCAACUACAAGUAAUGGUGGUAAAUUUGACAGUAACAUGGCAAGGCUAAGGUGCAUGGAUCAAAGUUUUCAGAAAAACAAAUCUUUGGGGGCUAACAUAAACUUUCUUGAGCCCCAACAGCACGUGUGGAGACCCCAGAGAGGCUUACCAGAAAGAUCAGUGGCAAUUCUUAAAGCUUGGCUGUUUGAGCAUUUUCUUCAUCCGUACCCCACGGACACUGAUAAACACAUGUUGGCUACCCAAACAGGUCUUUCAAGAAACCAGGUAUCAAAUUGGUUCAUAAAUGCUCGAGUGCGUGUGUGGAAGCCAAUGGUUGAGGAAAUACACAUGCUCGAAACAAAGGGUGCAACAGAAGCCCACCAAGCCUCUAAUAAAAGUGAGCAGGUAGCUUCUGCAUCUGAAGGAAGCAACCAGCCCAAAUCAGAUCACCAACCUGUGAGCAGGUAUGGCACGCAUGCAUCAUCCUCAGCAGGCAAUGAGGAACACAUCGGGAUGAAUGAAGACCAAUGGAAUCAAGAGAAGAGGUCAAAACUGGAAUGCCAGAUUGCUGCCACACCAAACAUGGAUGGAACAGUGAUGGGGUUUAUGCCCUACAGAAGAGGUGGACUUGAGGUUGGUGGUCUUGGAUCUGUGUCACUCACUUUGGGUCUUAGGCAUAGUGUUGAAGGUGUGCAACAGCAACAACUGCAACAACAGGAGGAGCUUAGGCGUCAGUUUGGAGGGCACAUGAUCCAUGACUUUGUGGGCUAGUUAGAUACUUGUCACUUGGGAAAGAAUAAGAAUUGGUCAAGGGAAUGGGGACCCUUUUGUAGCUAAGUGGAAAAAAAGGAGUUUUGUAUACAUUUGCUUGGUGAUGAGGAAAAGGAGAGGUGGGUGGGUUACUGUGUAAGCUGUUUUUUACCUUCCAAUUUUUGCUUGUGUUGGGGAAAUUGUGAACUGAAAUUGGUGGCUAACCUUACAACAUGGCGGACGUGGUCAGUGUUAAACGUGCAAAGAUAGUGAAAAGCAGGGCAAAUAAUUCAAGGUCAAGUAUUCUUGCAUGCACAGUUCUGUAAUAUUUAACUUAAUGUGAUUUGGUCUACUUUAGAAAAAAGACAGAAAAGAACAGCAGCAAUAUUUAAACAAUAAAUUCUUCUCGUUCUAUUCCCA